UGCUUGCUUGAGCGUGGGUUGGGGUGUAACUACGAUUGGUAUUUUGUAGUUUGAAUGAAGUUUAAUUUGUGUCUCAAGUUCUGUAUUUCAGUUGUAGUGUGAUCUAAUAUUACAAUUUCGUGUUUUAAUAGAAAUAAAUGUAUCCGAGUUGUCCUUAUUUAAGACAACUGAUAUUUGUAGCCGUUUUCUACACCUAGCUUGUGUAUCCAUUACGUCCAUUAGUUCAGAUCACUCGUGUGCCUGUGGAGAACGCGAAUAUUUUUAGUAUGAAUCUUAUAGAUAAUGUGCGUUUCGUUUGCGAUAUUUGUGAGUGUAUAUGCGUCAAUCAGGACAAAGACAUAAUGAAGUGAACUAUUUUAAACGUUCUACAGGUAGCACAGAGACGGACGCAGUUGAUUUCGUUCGUCACUCUUCAGAAGCGACACGAGAAGAACUGAUGAUCAUCUUCAGCACAGACGCGAGAUAUUAGCAGCGUCGUAAGGAAAUUUUCACUGCAAUUAUGAUGAUGUGUGCCAUUGCUGAAUAACGGUCCAGAGGAAGCUAGACACAUCUCUAUAAUGCACAAGUCAACGUGAAGCAGCUGUGGAAUAAUACAGACUCGGAGAAAAACCCGUUCUGGUGUCAUUUUGUCCAUUGCAAAUCUCACAUGGACUAACUUGACCUCGAAUCUGGGUCUCCGUGAUGUGAAGCCGUCGACUAACCGCCAUAUCCAUGACACACGGCCUUGCCUAAGUUGCAGUCCACCAAAGAGCAUCAGAAGCUGAACAUUGCAUUUGGUCCAGAGAGAGUAUCGUCGAGGCGAGCAUGUAUCCGUCUUUGUUAGAGAGAGUCCACAACUCCAAAAGAAUGUUGGUGGUCGUCGUGUACCUUUCAAUGUUUCUGGACAACAUUCUUCUUACAGUUGUUGUCCCCAUAAUUCCCUAUUACCUUUACGCUUCAGAUCAAGAAAAACACGUUCCAACAAUGCCACCGUACUCAGAAAAGAGUUACACAGUGUUGCCAAACAAGGAACCAGCACUUACAAACGUCUCCCCUCUUCUGCAUUGUCAGGGAAAUUCUGUUCCAUCAGACGUGCCAACCGAAAUACAUUCUGCUCCAGAAAAGAACCUUCACAAAGAAAAAAUAUUAACAAUGAGAAACGAAAGGUUUGUCUGGAAUCACAGCAUGGCACCUAAAGAUCAUGAUCGGCCAUUUGGUGUCCAAUAUUCACGCACGAGAAAACAAAGAACAUCUAGACCAUAUAAGAGGGAGGUAAAACACGAAGAUAAAUACAGAAAUAUUGUUCAAUAUGCUAACAGUGAUAAAUAUGUGCUGUCAAAUCCCAAGUUUGAGAAAUCUGACCCUAUUGAGCAGUUUCAAAAACAUAAAAGUUCACAUGGUAAUUCAUUGAUUGGAGAUCAUAAUAUAUCGCCUACAAAUGACAAGAAAUUAUUUGGACAUGAGAAAGGACGAAAGGAAGAAUCAAAAAUACAAUUUAAAGGAAAGCUAGAAUUUUCACAAAAUCGUAUAGCAAGAAAAAUCACGCAGAAUGAUUCCAAAAAUAUAAAGAAUUUAAUGUUACCUGAUGAUGUAUAUUCCCGAAAAAUCCCAAUUGAGCACAACAGGACUGGUGAUAAAUCUGACGAUACAGGACAGCAGUCUGUCUCAAACGAUCGGAACACAGAUGCGCUUACAACAUCUGAGCCAAGCAGCAGCAGCUGCAACUUCAGCACUGACGUUAGACUGCAAGAUGUUGGUAGCUCUGGGGCAGGCUUCAUCUUCACCCCCCGCGGUGUCAUCGAGGAGAAUGGGCGUGUUGGUCUGCUCCUGUCAUCCAAGGCUUUGGUUCAGCUGGUGAUGAACCCAGUGGUCGGAGCCGUCACUGCCCACGUGGGCUACCAUCUGCCUCUCUUCAUCGGUUCCAUCAACCUUCUAGUGGCUGCACUGUUGUUUGCAUUUGGAGAGCGUUUCAUGGUACUUCUGCUGGCUCGCAGCCUGCAGGGCAUAGCAUCAGCAUGCAUAAGUGUAUCAGGAAUGUGCCUGGUAGCAGAGCAGUUUCCAGACGAUGUGGUUCGAAGUAGGGUUAUGGGUGUCGUUCUUGGGAGCAUGGCUCUCGGGGUUCUUCUGGGAUAUCCAUUUGGUAGCCUCUUAUACGAUUUUGUUGGGAAAAUGGCACCAUUCCUCAUUAUUUCAGUCGCUGUUUCCUUAAAUGGAGUUCUGCAGCUGUUCCUUCUUGAUCUCAAACCAGUUCCUGAUCGCCUAAUCGUAAGUACCAGCUGGCACCGACUUCUGUCAGACUGUCACGUUGUCCUGAUCGCUGGUGCUAUCUGGGUCUCCACCUCGACUAUGGCAAUCCUGGAACCGUGUAUGCCUAUUUGGCUCAUGGAAAACAUUAAACCACAGAAGUGGCAGCUGGGGAUGGUGUUUAUUCCUGACAGCGUGGGUUAUCUUCUGGGUACUAACUUCUUUGGCCCUGUAGCAUGUAACCUGGGUCGCUGGCGUGUCGCUGUUUCUGCACUGAUGCUUGUUGGGAUCUCUACCGUACUUGUGCCCAGUGCUGCCAGCGUCACUCAGUUAGCUGUUCCUCACUUCGGUCUAGGACUUGGAAUCGGCGUGGUAGACGCUGCGCUGGUACCACUGUUAGCCAGUCUUAUGGACUCCCGAUACGCUGCACACUACGGCUCUGUCUACGCGCUUCAGCAGAUGGCCGUCAGUCUAGCUUAUUCUUUAGGCCCUCUUGUUGGAGGCGAGAUGGUGCGUGCUAUUGGAUUUCCUUGGCUUAUGCGAUGUGUUGGACUCCUAAAUCUGUUGUACUGUCCGCUG